UCUGUGGAAGACAUCAACAUUUUAGAAUAACCUACCUAUUCUGUGAUUUUAUCUUAUGUCAACAAAUGAUUUUUACAUGAAAGAAUCAUGAAUAUAUUUUUAAAUUAAUAGUACUGAUGGAAGGUCCAAUCAAAUAUUUCAGUGAGAAAUAAAUCUGUAACAAAAUAACAAUGAAAUCCGACUUUUUACGAUUGAUUCCGGCAGCUUUAUUUUUUAUUUACGCUACAUACGGAACAUGGUUUCUGAUAAAAGAAAUUUUCACGAGUUAUGUGCCGUUUACUUUAGUAUCCACAGGAAUUAUUGUAGGCUUCAUAGCAAUAUUUAGAGUGCCACCUCCUGAUCGACUUGCAGUAGAAACGAUUCUAGGAAAGGAACUGAAUCAAGAAGCAGGCGAAAAUGGGUUUACAAUAAAAACUGUGGCUCAUAGGGGGGCAGGUCUGGAUGCGCCGGAAAAUACAUUAGAGGCUUUUACAAGGUGUCAUGAAAAGGGAUGUGAUGUCAUUGAAUUUGACGUUUCUCUAACAUCAGAUGGGGUUCCCAUCAUUUUUCAUGAUACUACCACAGAAAGAAUGGCAGACUCCAAUGUAGUUGUUAAACAUACUGCUUGGGAAGAACUGUCAAAGAUUGACGUUUCAAUCAAACAUGCAUAUAGGGAUUCAUUCCCUGAUGCUAACAUACCAACACUAGAUCAGGCAGUUGAACAUAUUCUUUCUCUGGGUCAAAGAAUGUUUAUUGAUGUGAAAGACCCAAGUAACAAGAUGAUUUCUGUCAUUCUAAAACUAUAUAAAAAAUAUCCAGAACUGCACUCUAAGGCUGUUGUGACUUCUUUCUUUCCAAAUAUAAUAUAUUGGAUACGUAGAAGCUCACCAGAAAUUGUAUGUUGCUUGGCGUCAAAACGUAAUAUAUUCAAUGAUAUGAUUUUAAGAUGCCCAGAAGGCUGCCGACCAAAUAGAGUUUUGUGGAUGUUACAAAGUUACUUAGUCAUUGCAUUUGAAAUUAUCCACAAUUGGGCUCUACCAAGAAUAACCUAUUAUUUGUUGGGCAUCUCUGUAAUUUUGUUACACAAGGAUAAUAUUUGUAGGGAUACCAUUUCUAUGUGGAACUCUCUAGGGGUCAGAGUAAUAGCCUGGACUAUCAACAGUCCCAUUGAAAAACAACAUAUGACGCGUAAUCUUCAAAUCACUUACCUCACAGACACUCUUACUGGUGAAAACACCAUUCACAACUUGCAAAGUAGCUGAUAAAUGUGAUUGUCUAGUAUCUUGUAGAAAUACUUUGACCAUUAUAAUCAUUACUUUCGUACAUAUCCGAAAAUAGUUGGGUUUAGUCACAAAAAAAUGUUCUGUUGUAGCAGCUGUUAAUAUUAAUUCAAAUAAGUUUGAUCUCAUUUUAUUUUUAUUAUAGUCAGACUGAAAAUAUCUUUGUGAAAGGUAGUGUUUCCUAUGUGUUUAUGCCAAAAAUUAUCACUUCAAAAUUAGUCAAAACUAUUAGUGAAUGUUCAUAAAUUGCAAAUAUAUUUAAAGAAAACAACUAUUAGGUUAUUAUUGAAUUUAUCCAUCAAAACUGUUUCCACAUAAUAUUUCUUUUUGAUCUCCAAUUUGCCAUAAUGAUAUAAAAAUAUCAUAAAAUUGUCAGUACUGAGAAUUUAUUUCAUUAUUUUAAAAAUGAUAGACAAAUUUUAUUUUAUAAUGUAAACCAAAGAUAAAUCAGUAUUGUUUACUGAAUAAAAUUAUUUUUAAUGGAUAUUGUUUAAUUGAUAAAAACUUGGAUUUAAUUGAAAAAAAAAAUGGCGCAUAUUUAGAAGAUUAUUUUAGAUCACAUGAGAGAAUUUGCCACUGUAUUAUAUUAAACUAUUUAAGAAAGGUUUGAUAGUUAUUUUAUAUGAAGAUAAGUUUAUUUUGGUAUAGAACCAAACAAAAAUUUAUAACUCCCUCUGUAUUUUUUAUCACUUCAAAAUAUCUCAAAGUAUGUGCCAAUAAUAAAGGUCUCAAUUUAUCCAUAAUAAAUACUUUUUUGUAUAUUUAGUUCUAAGGCAGCUUAAAAGUACUAUUAUAUCCUUUUCUUGUUCCUUUCUUUUUACAUCUACAUUAUAUUAAAUAUAUAUUUUUAAUCAUAUUUAUGUAUAAUAUAAUCCAUAAAAUUAUACAAAAAAAUAAAAUGUUUUACAUGCCCCAAAAGAUUUUUGUUUAAAAUCCAACCUAUGAAGCAACUUUUAUAUUGAAGCCACAAAUUUAUUACAAAAUGAUAAUUUAAAAAUUAUUUAUUUAACCCUUUCAGUGUGUGAAAUAAGUAUUUUUGAAAAUGAACAGAGUGUCAUCAAACAAGAGAGUUCGAAUAAAGUAAUUUCCCCCAAUGAGGGCACUCUGUUCAUUUUCAAAAAUAGUCAUUUCACACAGUGAAAGGGUUAAUUAGUUAAGUUUAACAAUUAUUACCUAUAUACAAAUAUAAAUAAAAUAUUUUUACUUGUUAUCUAAACAUUUAUUUAGUUUUUCCACAGAACUGAAAAACUUAGGAAUGAGAUUUUGCAAAUGUACUCAAUGCAUCUGCUCUAGUCAUUAUGCCAACAUCAUUUUCUAAAUAUCUGAAAACAGGUGCAAUGUUUUCAGGAGUUUCCUUACUUAUAAGAGGCUGAAUUUCCUUCCAAGAAAAUGCAUACAAAUUGGUUUUUGAAUUCAAACUUUCAAAGUCAAUAAUAUAGGGAUUUUCUGGAUACUGAAAAACCACAUCAAAAAUAUAGUUUUUCCUAUAAAACUUAAUUUUAAUAUUAUCAUUAUAAAACUUCGUUAAUUCCUCAAUAAUAUGUGGUCCUUCUUCUUUGAAAUGUGCAUAAAAAGUAGGCCAGUCCCUAGGGGUAAUACCCCUCAGAGUGUUAUUUAUCACUAUACAUCUAAACUCUGCUGCAGGAUGAAUACUUAUCCAUUUUCUUAAUGCCAAACAAAAUGUAACACCUUUAGAAUUAGAGAAAUCAUCUUGGAUCUUGCCAGAACUUGAAAAGUAGGUUAUUACAUCUUCCAAAGUAACAACUUUUAGUAAGUGUCCAAAACUAAACAUUCUUGCGUCUACAGGCGCGUGCCAGUUGUUUUUAACAAAAGCAUUAUUACCCAAUGUGUUGAGGGCAUUUUUAAAUUCUUGUAUAAAUUCUAGGGGCACUUCAUCAUUAGUUUCAUUCUCGUCAUCUGAAUCUUCUAUUUGGUCGGAUUGAAUUCUUUUCAGUAAUUGGUCCGGUAGUUCCAGUAUUAUUGUUUGUAAUGUGACGUUUUUGAAAUUAUCAUACCAGUUUUUUAUGGAAAAGUCUCGGAAAUCUUGUAUUUCUAACAUUUAAAAUUUUCCCACAAAAUGACUUCGAAAAACUAGGGUUAAGUCAAAUCUUCUUUCUUAUAAUAUUUCGCUCUUGGCAUGGUGGAAAAAUUACACACCAAGUUGGCUGUGAUGUUGGCAACAAGUUUGCUCGACCUCUGCAGCAGCGCGCUAAGCGCGAUAUGAUAAACUAUCAUACGGUACAGUCGGUAAAGUAGAACACUACUAAGUAAAGCGAUUUAAAAAAUAGCGGGCUUCAAAAUUUAUGAAAUAUGAAGCAAUUUCAA